UAGGGGCUAAUUACAGUCAAGAGAUCUAUCUUUUAGUAAAGUUAAGCAUAAUACAGUAAGUAGAAAAUUAUAUUCACUGAUAUGCUUUGAAAAAUCUUAAAAAUUAAAGAGUAUGUUGCGAUUGUGUUUGGGUCGUAUUUUGAAGGACUGUUCCAGCUCGUCGUUACACCGGUAUCUUAUAUACCCACUUUCUUCCCAAGGGACGUAUCGAAAUAUAAGCAACGAAGCUCAACUCGGACCCAAUAAAACUAAUGAAGAUCAAACAACUUCCACUAAAUCAUGGAAGGACAAAGCAGAAACUGUAGUAAUCGGUGGAGGUGUUGUUGGAGUGAGCAUAGCAUAUCACUUAGCCAGGUUGGGUAUGAAAGAUGUUGUUCUACUGGAGAAAUCUGAUUUAACAGCUGGCUCUACAUGGCAUGCUGCAGGACUUGCAACUCUCUAUCAUGGAGGAAUCAAUAUGAAAAAGAUACACUACUACAGCAUUGGAUUUUUUGCACAGAUUGAACAAGAAACUAAAAAGGAGCUUGGUUUCCAUCGACCUGGAAGUUUAAGGCUAGCCACGACACCAUUGCGCAUGGAUGAAUUUCGGCAUCAGAUGCAGAGACAGGGAUGGCAUGAAGCUCCACAAAAACUUGUAGAGCCAGAUGAAAUAGCUGAAAUGUUUCCUUUGUUAAAUACGAAUGGUCUUCUUGGAGGACUCUUCAACCCUGCUGAUGGCCAUAUAGAUCCUUAUUCUUUAACAAUGGCCAUGGCAGGAGCUGCCCGGAAACAUGGAGCUAAUAUCAUACAAGGGGUGCCAGUCACAGGACUAAAACUUAACAAUGGCAGAUGGGAUGUUGAAACACCAAAAGGCAUCAUAAAUACUAAAUGUGUCAUCAAUGCAGCAGGUUUUUGGGCUCAUGAAAUAGGAAGAAUGGUUGGUGUGGAAUUUCCAUUUGUUCCAGUUCAUCAUCAGUAUUUAAUUACAUCAACUAUACCUGAAGUGAAGGAACUAAAGAAAGAACCACCUGUGUUGCGUCACUUGGAAGGCUCAUUCUAUUUAAGACAGGAAAGAGAUGGGCUUUUGAUUGGCCCUUAUGAACAUCAAAUGAAGAUGAGACUUUGUGAUGACUGGGUGACCAAUGGAGUGCCACAUGGAUUUGGAAGAGAAUUGUUUGAACCAGAUCUUGAUCGCUUAUCAGAUCAUUUAGAAGUUGCUAUGGACCUUGUUCCUGUAUUACGUACAGCUAAUAUCCAGACUACAGUGGCAGGCCCAAUAAUGUAUACUCCAGACCUGCUGCCUGUUAUUGGCCCUUACCAAGGACUACCCAACUUCUGGAUGGCUGCUGGUUUUGGAUAUGGUAUAAUACAUGCUGGUGGAGUUGGUCGUUAUAUAGCAGACUGGAUGCUGGAUGGAGAACCUCCAUAUGACUUGAUCGAAACAGAUUCUAAUCGUUUUGGGAAGUGGGCUACACGUAAUUAUGUCUUUGCCAAAGCCCGAGAAUCUUAUGGAAUGAACAAUGCUAUUUCAUACCCCAAGGAGGAACGAUGGGCUGGCCGACCCACAGCAAGAACAACAACAAUGUAUGAAAAGCAGUUAGAGCGAGGAGCUGAAAUGGGUUUUCAUGCAGGGUGGGAACAACCAGCUUGGUUUGCCUUACCUGGAGAUGAAAAGGGCUACAAACCUAGUUUUAGGCGAACAAACUGGUUUGAGCCAGUUCAAAGAGAGUGUGAGAUGGUUAUGAAUAAAGCUGGUAUUGUGGAUGUGUCUCCGUUUGGAAAGUUUGAAAUCAGAGGAAAAGAUGCUUUGAAAUUCCUUGAUCGACUGAUUGCUAAUAAUCUUCCAAAAGUUGGAACAACAAAUAUAUCUCAUAUGCUAAGCCCUUCUGGAAAAGUUUAUUCUGAGCUCACCAUAACUACACUGUCUCCUGAUCAUUACUUUGUGAUCACAGGCUCUGGAUCAGAAUUUCAUGAUCUUAGAUGGAUGGAAGAACAUGCUAGGAUUUGGGGAUAUGAUGUAACUCUCACAAAUGUUACUGAUGACAUGGUUGCAGUCAGUAUUGCUGGACCUUUAUCUCGAAAUGUUUUGGCUAAGCUUACUAAAGAAGACCUCAGUGAUGAAGCCUUCCCUUUCCUUCAUGCUCGUCAUUUUGAUGUGGCUGGAAUACCUGUGAGAGGACUUAGAAUUUCCUAUACAGGAGAGCUAGGAUGGGAGUUGUACCACAGUAGGAAGGAUUCUUUACCAUUGUAUGAAGCUAUGAUUGAUGCAGGAAAAGACCUUGGAGUUGGAGAUUUUGGGACAUAUGCUAUGAAUUCUCUUCGUUUAGAAAAAGGUUUUCGAAUGUGGGGAGCUGAAAUGAACAUGGAUUCAAACCCGUAUGAGGCUGGUCUUGAUUUCUUCAUUAAACCAAAUAAAGCAAGUGAUUUCAUUGGUAAAGCAGCUAUCCAAGAGAUAAAAAGGAAAGGACUGAGAAGGAAGCUGGCAUAUCUAGCCAUGGAUGUAGAGGAUGUUGAUCCUGAAGGAAAUGAAAGCGUUUGGAGCAGUGGAAAGAUUGUAGGCUACACUACUUCAGGAGCUUAUGGAUGCACUGUGAAAAGAAGCAUAGCAUUUGCUUAUUUACCUUUGUUCCUAACACAUCCUGGCCUGACUGUUCAGGUAGAACUUCUUGGAAAACUGCAAAAUGCCACUGUCCUUAAAGGACCUCCUGUUGAUGUUGAGUCAGUGCGUAGACGCAAAAAGGCAAAAGCUAGAGCUUCUUCCUAAAAUAUUUGUUAGAUGUAAUUUGCAUUGGAGAUACUGUUGCUCAAAAAAAGUUAAAACUUAAAUCAGUUAAGAGUAAUUUGUUUUUCAAAUGUAUAUAUAGGUUUUUGUUGUGAUUUUUCUAAAAUCUAUCAUUGAAUAACGUAAAGUACAAACUCAUAAUUUAUAGAAAAAAUCAAUAUAAUUUGUGCCAAAAUUUUUGCAUGUUACAUUUUAA